AUGGCAUAUCCUUUUCGGCCCGCGUCACCUGCCGAGGACCUGCCCCCAUACUACCAAGACACAGGCAACGACGAUAUUCGGCAAUGCUUCCGUAACUUCGAUUUGGACCGGAACUUCGACCUCUUCGAUAGGCAAACAAGAGAGCACAGGUGCCGCAAUUUCUGUAUCGACUUUGGAGAAGAUGAAGGUGAUGCCUUUUGCGCUUUCGAUCUCAACGCCGAAGCGUACAAGAAGUUGCUGCAAUCGCCACGACCGACUGAACUACAUACGCGAUGGAUCAACAUCUGGAAUCCCUCCAACCAGAAAGAGCUGAUCAGAACGCUAGCCUCUCACUUCGACUUCACGCCUAGACUGCUGGGCAUGAUGACGAGCGAUCACGUUCCGCCACGUAAUAACCCAUCCUUGCGCAUGAAGAAGAGUUCUUCGACCCUAAGAUCGGUGUUCUCCCACAAAUCAUACACAUCGAACAUGUCCAAUUCGAUCAGGGAAAAGGCGAAGCAAGCGAAUGAACAAGCGUUGGAUUCAGAAUCCAGUAUCGGUCUCACCGAAUUGAUGCAAUCUACACAGCUGGAGCUGGUCCGAGAUUUGGAUCACUACCAGCUAGUAGACGAUGUAUGGCAUUGGAGUACCGUCGAUCAGGGUCGGAGAUUCAUCUCGAUCUCCGAAGACCCCUUCCCGUUCUCCAACGGUCCUUUGACCCACGAAGACGUGAAAGUACUCUUCACAACACGUCGGAAUACUGUGAACGUCUUCAGACAACUCACGAAAGCGCCGACGCCACUUAGAGAAGCAGCGCUCACUCAACUACCCAUCCGCCAACGUCUCGGCAGCAGCGAUGAGGAAACUGCCCAUCGCCCCACGGAUGCUCCCGGCUUGCUCUUCUACUACCUCUUCGAAGACUGGGGCGCAACCUUCGAUCUCAUCUCCCGCCGCGAACACGGCUACGCCGCCGAGCUUGACAGACUCCGACAAGAAAUGCUCCAGACAGCCAAUCUCACCCACGUCGACCAACUCCACCACAUCGGCUGCCAACUCGCCGUCCUAAAACGCGUCUACCAAAGCUACGAAUUAAUCAUCGAGCGCGUCCUGAAGAAACAAGAAGCCACCCUUGCGUCACUUAAGAACUCGCACAUCCUCUCCGGCAACGCCUCCCUCAUCUCCUCUCACCCCGUAAUAAACGACUCUCCCGGCCCCCUCGUCCCCGAAGCCGACAGCCUCCUCGGCGUAGCCCUCAGCUCCGCCGCGCGUGUCCGCUUCGAACGCCUCAAAGACCGCAUCCAGCUGUACGCCCUCUCCGAAAUAUCCGAAUGCCUCGACCAAAAAGAGUCCCUCGUAAUGAUGAACUUCAACCUCAUCGCCAUCAAAGAAUCCUUUUCAGUUGAACGCCUCACCUGGGUUACUUUGCUGCUUGCUAAGAUUACUAUCUUGUUCACGCCUGUGACGCUGAUGACAGGGUAUUUUAGCAUUCAGUUCAAGGGGCUGGAGUUUGAAGUCGGCAGUUAUUGGCGGGCGUUUGGGUGGACGUUUGGGUUGAGUGCGGCGUUGCUUGUGUUGUUUAGUUGGGUUAGUGGGACGUUUGAGGGGAAGAUUAUUACGAGGAGUUGGACGAGGGCGGUUUAUGAUGUUGCGCAUAGGUGGGUUGUUGGGAGGAGGAAGAGGGGGAAGAUGCUGUAG